AUGGCGGCCCUCGCAUUGAGUAGCUUAUCGGGAAAGAGACUUCUGUUUAAUUUUCAGUACAUUAGAAAAUUCAAAUCCACAGAACCACGUUGGAGUAAAAUGGUAACAACACGAGCAGUAAGCUCGCUGAUCACAGAGCUUCAUCACCCGAUCACGUUGAGAGAGAAGAAGCCACUCAAAAAUCCGAUGGCGUACUUUCACGCGUCUGAAAUAUUGUUCGGACGAGAAAUUGUCAAACGGGCCCAGAAACUAGAGAAAUCCAGAGAAAGAUCGGCAGAACUGCUGAAGGCUUUGCGUAAAAAACGUUUGGAAGGACUUACGAAUCCUCAACCUCACAUGACAGCUGAAGAAAAAGUAUUGAAAAGAAUACAUUGGCUACCCUCGAUAAAGAAGCUUCUUAUUUUUUAUUGGGUCCAGAUCAAAUCAAAGAGUGAGUUGACACCAGUUCAAAAAUUCGCUAUUCUCGAAUGUAUAGCCAAAUAUUUCUCUAAAGAGACUCAAAUGAGAGAUGUGUUCCUGGUACAAGAGAUGCAGCAGAGAUUUUUUCAAAUGCUGGUUCAAGAUAUCAGAGCAAACCUUGAUUCUUAUGAUGCACAUCAGCUGUACAAAAUUGUCCUUUAUAUGGCGAAAUUGUGUGUGACAGAUCCUGUGAUAUAUAAGCAACUUGAAAAAGGACUCUUGUUUUGGAGUCUGGGAGAUUUUUCCACCAAAGAACUAUCACAAAUGUGUUGGGCAUUUGCAAAAUACCAUCCACAUGUAGAUGAAAUCUUCCAUGCCUUGGACAGUGAGAUUUUCUCAAGAGAUCUUUCUAACUUUACUUCUGCAGAAUUGUGCUCAAUAGUUUGGUCUUUUGCUGAGUAUGGUGUUCCAGACACCCGCCAAUUCUACGGAGCACUGGGUAAUGAGAUUUUAACACGUGAUCUUAGCCAGUUUCAGCCAUGGAUGCUGGCUUCAUUAGCAUUUGCUUAUUCAAGUGUAGAAUCACUGAGUAACAAAGUACUUAAAAUGGUAGAAGAAGAGCUAUUUCAGCGUGGUGAACUGAAACCUUUCAGUACAAACGAUUUAGUUAUGAUGGUCUUGGCAUUUUCAAGAACCAAAAAACUCAGUGCUAAACUAUUCCGUAAAUUGGAGGUGGUCAUGGUGAAAAGGAGAGACUACACAGAGACGGUCACCAAAGAAUAUUUGCAAGAGAUGUAUGAUCUGUUAAAAGACAGCAAAUUUCGCCUAGCAGAGAUUAAAAAGAUCGUUGAGCGAUUGUUAUACCCUGAUAAGAUCAACUCCAUAUUUGAUGUUCUGUACCGGCCUCGUAGAGCAUGGAAGGAGAAGGUGUUACACCAGUCCUUGUUCAAAGCUUACUAG